AGCGGGCGGAAGGCGCGGUUCCUCCUCUGAGCGGUGGCACUGAGGCUAUGGGUAGCCAGGAGGUGCUGGGCCAGGCAGCCCGGCUGGCCUCCUCGAGUCUCCUGCUGCAGGUAUUGUUUCGAUUAAUCACUUUUGUCUUGAAUGCAUUUAUCCUUCGCUUCCUGUCUAAGGAGAUCGUGGGCAUAGUGAAUGUCAGACUAACCCUUCUUUACUCAACGGCCGUCUUCCUGGCCAGGGAGGCCUUCCGAAGAGCCUGUCUGAGCGGCGGUGCUCAGCGGGACUGGAGGCAGACCCUCAACCUCCUGUGGCUAACUGUCCCCCUGGGUAUAUUUUGGUCCUUACUCCUGGGCUGGGUCUGGUUGCAGUUGCUUGAAGUGCCCGAUCCAGAUGUGGUGCCCCACUACGGAGCUGGAGUGGCGUUCUUCGGUCUCUCAGCAGUGCUGGAGCUUCUGGGAGAGCCUUUCUGGGUCUUGGCACAAGCACACAUGUUUGUUAAGCUCAAGGUCAUUGCUGAGAGCAUGGCCGUCAUCUUCCGGAGUGUCCUGACGGCUUUCCUUGUACUGUGGUUGCCUCACUGGGGUCUGUACAUUUUUUCUCUGGCGCAGCUUUUGUAUUCUGCUAUUCUGGUGCUCUGCUAUGUGAUUUAUUUAAUAAAACUACUGCAUUCCCCAGAAUCAACCAAGCAACUAACUCUUCCUGUCUCCAGAAUAUCACAACUAUUGCCCACUAUUACAAGAAGCAGAGCAUUUGUAAAUUGGAAAGAGGCUAAAUUGACUUGGAGUUUUUUCAAACAGUCUUUCUUGAAACAGAUUUUGACAGAAGGUGAGCGAUAUGUGAUGACAUUUUUGAAUGUAUUAAACUUUGGCGACCAGGGUGUGUAUGAUAUAGUGAAUAAUCUCGGGUCCCUUGUGGCCAGGCUAAUUUUCCAGCCAGUAGAGGAGAGUUUUUAUAUAUUCUUUGCUAAGGUACUAGAGAGGGAAAAGGAUGCCGCACAUCAGAAGCAGGAGGACGUUGCUGUGGCUGCUGCGGUUUUGGAGUCUCUCCUCAAGCUGGCUGUGCUGACUGGCCUGACCAUCACUGUAUUUGGCUUUGCCUAUUCUCAACUGGCUCUAGACAUCUACGGAGGAGCCAUGCUUAGUUCAGGAUCGGGUCCUGUGUUGAUGCGUUCCUACUGUCUCUAUGUCCUCCUGCUUGCCAUCAAUGGUGUGACCGAGUGUUUCACGUUUGCGGCCAUGAGCAAAGAGGAGGUUGACAGGUACAAUUUCACCAUGCUGGCACUGUCUUCCUCAUUUUUGGUCUUAUCCUACCUCCUGACCAGUUGGUGUGGCAGUGUGGGCUUCAUCUUGGCCAACUGCUUUAACAUGGGCAUUCGGAUCACACAGAGCCUUUACUUCAUCCAUCACUACUUCCAGAGGAGCCCCCACAGACCCCUGGCUGGCCUGCGCCUGUCGCCAGUCCUCCUCGGGGUGUUUGCCCUCAGUGGUGGCGUCACUGGUGUUUCAGAGGCGGUCCUUUGCUGUGAUCAGGGCUGGUCUGCUAGACUGGCACACAUCGCUGUGGGGACCAUCUGCUUAGGAGUGACCCUUGGGACGGCAUUCUUCACAGAGACCAAGCUAGUCCACUUUCUCAGGACUCAGUUUGGUAGAUCCAGACUCAGUGACAAAAUGACAUGACUUUGAUGCUGCUCUGACACUUUUGGUACCUGGACCCACCGUGGAGUGGUUCUUGGACAGCGUGUGUCGCUGUGCAAAAGUCCUUCUGUGAAUGAGCGUCACCCUGGAAAUGAUGCCAGAGAAGAGAACGCCUAGUUGAAGCCUUCCAACUGAAGGAGGACUAUUCCUUUAAGUGAAGACCAAAAGUCCAUUUUGUUAAGGAAUUAAUUCCCUCUGCGUGUGAUUGACCUUUGAAGUUACAUCUUCUAACGAACUGUCUUAGAUGUUAAUGGUUAGUCAUCAUUUGACCAAGAAAAAGCGCUGUAGCCAGUGACCCAUCACAAGAUUCUGUAAAAGUAGUAGGGAGCCCUGAACUCACACCAAACAAGAACAAAGUGUGGCCUGAAAGUUGUGACUUUCCCUGUGUCAGUGUUAUGGCUUUAAUUUUUAGAGAAGAAAAAUCCAGCCCAAUAAGAAAUAUUUUUGACAUAUUUGAAAUAAUGUUUACAGUCCUGGGGAUUGAACCCAGGACCUCUACAACUGAACUAUAUCCAUAUUCCCAGCCCUCACAAUGAAAGAAACCAAGAGAUUCAGAUCAGAUCUUUGCUCUCAUGGUCAUGCUGUAUCUCCCAGAGCAGCUCAUGUCCUGGAAUAGGACUCAGGAUUUCUUAGUUGUAAAAUUAAUUAUGGAAACUGUCAGAUGACCUUAGAUGUAACCACUUGAGAGGGGCAGCUUUGAUGGAAAGUGUGAGCUGCUUUGUUCCUUAAGGGCUGCUGCUUCCCAGCUUUCUUUAAUUUUGCCAUGGAAGUUGCACAGGUGAUUACCACAGUUACAUAGAUAGCUCUUUUUAUCCUUGAAAUAAAACAGGACAAAUUGCA